AUGCCUCGCUCAGCCUACGCUUCCUCCGCAGCUUCGCACGACGACGACGACGACGACGACUAUCAGCAUCCCCGAGUCACCGUGACUGCCCCGGUCUCGCCCACCUACCGACGACAUCGCCCGCUAGCCCGUGAAACCGAUAGCCUCCUCGGAAGCGACUCGCGCCAUGCCGGCCGCCUGGGCUAUGGGACGUCGAGAGCAGACAGCUUCUUCAGGUACAACACCACCGGCGGCACACUCCGCCGUUCCCGGCACCAUAGCCGCAGGGUAUCGCAAAACACGCGUUUCGCAGUAGCCGGCCAGUCGUCCGGUGCACCCAAGCAUUGGCAUGAAGAGAAUACCAUGCCGGGCUCAUCGUUUUUGGAUGAUCGUCUCUGGUACGACCAAUUCACUUCCAUUGAUUGGGUGCAUGACAGCAUCAAGGAUGGCAUUCGCUUGCGGGAGCUGAGGAGCCGCAAGGACUUCCGGGGCCGAGUGCUGGCUCUACUAGAUGGUGCUCAGGGCUGGUUCCUAGUGGCAGUUAUAGGCUGCAUUACUGCCGCCAUUGCUUAUUUCGUGGACGUCACUGAAAGUCAUGUCUUCGAGUUGAAGGAUGGUAUUUGCACAACAUCCUGGCUGACGGGCCGCAGAACAUGCUGCUUGGGCGAGGCAUCCUGUGAACAGUGGAGUUCGUGGUCACAGAUUGUGAACUCGUCCCAUCUCGACAAUAGAUCCGUGGACUUUAUCUUCUACGUUCUCUGGGCCGUCCUGAUGGCCAUGGGCGCGUGUGCUUUAACUUUGGUUACCAAGACCGUCAUCCCUUCAACAAUCGCCCUGUCCACGCUGGACGAAAACCUCGGGGCUGAGAAUAGCGUCGGCCCCCCGAGUCCGAGCGGAUACCAUGCUAAGCUGCGUAGCAAUCCGUCUACCGUCUAUUACUCUGCUGCCGGCAGCGGGGUAGCAGAAGUCAAAGUCAUUUUGAGCGGCUUUGUUUUGCAUGGGUAUUUGGGAUUGAAGACCCUUAUAUUCAAAACCCUGGGUUUGGUCUUGGCGAUUUCAUCUGGAAUGAGUUUGGGAAAGGAAGGCCCAUACGUACACAUCGCAACGUGCGUCGGGAACAUCUGCAGCCGCAUUUUUACCAAGUAUCGAACCAACGACGCUAAGCGCCGUGAAGUGCUGGGAGCUUCAGCAGCUAGCGGCGUGGCAGUUGCUUUUGGAGCGCCCAUUGGCGGCGUACUUUUUGGAUUAGAAGAAGUCAGUUACUACUUCCCACCAAAGACACUUUUUCGUACAUUCUUUUGCUGCAUUGCCUCUGCGUUAUCACUCAAGUUCCUCAAUCCCUACGGCACAGGCAAGAUUGUGCCUUUUGAGGUACGCUACGUUUCCGACUGGGAGAUUUUUGAGAUGGGCCUCUUCGUUCUUUUAGGCGUUCUCGGUGGUGUCGCAGGCGCACUUUUUAUUAAAGCCACCGGGAUGUGGGCGAGAUCAUUCCGGCGGAUACCGAUUAUCAAACGAGCUCCUAUGCUAGAAGUUGUCCUCGUGGCUUUUAUCACUGGGGUCACAAGCUUCUGGAACCGCUACACAAAACUAGGGGUGGCUGAGCUGUUCGAAGAACUCACGGCGCCAUGCGAUCCUACGGGCGUCACCAAGUCUGGGCUCUGCCCAAAUGAAAAGGAAGAUAUCUUGGAGGUGGUCAAGUAUUUGCUCGUCGCAUUCGUAGUCAAGGGCUUCUUGACGACCAUUACCUUUGGAGUGAAGGUUCCUGCCGGUAUAUAUGUGCCUUCGAUGGUUGUCGGUGGCCUGAUGGGACGCAUCGUGGGUCAUCUUACGCAGUAUUUCGUGGUUACGUUUCCCGACUUUUUCCUGUUUGCCAGUUGCCCCGCUGUCCCCGGUGUUGAAGCGUGUAUCACGCCGGGUGUCUAUGCGAUGGCAGCAGCAGGAGCGACUAUGUGUGGCGUUACUCGAUUGUCGGUAACACUGGCUGUCAUUUGCUUUGAAUUGACUGGCAGCUUGAACCAUGUGUUGCCGUUUUGCAUUUCGAUCCUCUGCGCUAAGUGGACGGCUGAUGCUCUCGAGCCUCGCAGUAUCUACGAUCUGCUGACAGACAUGAACGACUAUCCGUUCCUCGACAACAAAGGCAGUCAUACAGCCACAGACCAAACGCUGGGCGAUCUCAGUCGACCGGCCGGCCAACACCGGACCAUUGACAUCUCCAACUCGCCACUUGUCCGGGCUAAAGAUCUACGCGGCAAACUGGAUUACAUCCUCAUGGCUGGCGAGCUUGACAGCGGCUUGCCGAUUGUGCGAGAUACAGUUUUGGUGGGCAUGAUUGCGGCCACCGAUCUUGAGUUUGCGCUAGACGGGCUGGAUGAUGAAUAUUCGGAGUAUUGCAUCAUGUCUCCUGACCAUCAGAAUUGGCCGGCGCCUUAUGAUGAUGACGAUGAUGACAGUGAUGUUGGCACCAGCAGGGUAGUGCAUGAUUUUACAAUUUAUGUCGACCUGUCCCCCGUUGCCCUCGACAUCCACUCUCCUCUAGACUUGGUUUAUCAGUGUUUCGUCAAACUGGGUCUUCGAUAUAUAUGCGUUUUGCACAGCGGUAAAUUCCAUGGCCUUGUCCACAAGAAGCAGUUUGUGAGGCAUAUGCGAGAACUUGAGAAGUCUUGA